AUGCUCUUCACCUCCGCCAUCACCACCCUCCUGCUGGCCUCCAGCGCCGCGGCCCUGCCCCCGACCCACGUCGGCGUGACCAAUGUCAACAACACCCACGCCCACCUCGAGACCCGCGGCUCCCUGACCAACAUCACCGAGGCCGUCGUUCCGCGCAGCCUCAACUUCACCAAGCCCAUCCUCCCUCGCAACUGGAACAGCACCGUCUUCCCCCGCCUGGCGCUCGACAAGAACAGCACCGAGGGCGUCUUCGAGAAGCGUGAUCUCCCCGUCGUCGAGGGCGUCGCGGCCCCCACUGGCAUCGUCAAGCGCGCCAGCCCGACCGGCUUCGUCAAGAGGUCCUUUGGCACCGCAGGCAAUGAGUUCAAGUACCAACACUCAACAUUCCUGACUAUCCCGACGCCGCCGCCCGCCAUCGCCACGCCUAUCACCGCAUCGACACCUACGGCGCCGACUCCGACGACGACCCCUGCUGCUGGAAGUAGAAAGGAAUCGGCCUGCGGAGCUGGAGGCAGCGGCAUGGACGUGUGGGAUCGGUGCAUCGAGGCCCUGUUCUUGGGACUCGGUCGCUGA